AUAUCCCAGGCACAAGAAAUUUUGAUUGUAGUACCUGAUGAUUUGAAAGAUUACAUUAACGAAUUGCAUGAACAUUGCUUGAAAGAGCUGGGUUUAACCGAAGAUGAUCAUAAAAAUUACAACAUUCAUAAUAAGGACCCCAAAAUGAUGUGUUAUAUGAAAUGUUUGAUGACCACUUCAAAAUGGAUGAAUCUUGAUGAAUCGAUUCAAUAUGAUUUUAUAUUAAGUAGUGUCCAUCCUGCCGUAAAACAUAUUUUACUUCCGGCGUUGGAUAAGUGUCAUGAUAUCCCAAAAGGAACAAUGGAAUGUGAAAAAGCUUAUAAUUUCAACUUGUGUAUGUUUAAUGCAGAUCCUGAGAACUGGUUCUUCAUCUAACUCAUUUCACAUUUGCUCUUAAUUUUUAUGGAUUCUGGAAUUUCGAUACGAAUGUUGCAUUAUCAAAAAGAUGUUAUUAAAAAGGUACUAACAAUAACUAAAUUAAAUAAAUAGUCUGUUGCUUG